AGAAUCUUCUCUAUAUAAAGGCCACAAGAACAACCACUGAACCACCCCGAACGGCCUCGAGAAGAAGUAGAACUGUAGAAGCUGAAAGACGGCAACAUAUCAUGAAGUUGCUUCCUCUCCUUCUUGCUUGCUCUCUCCUCUUCCCCGCCGCAACUCCUACCAGGAAGAUUACCAAUAUCUGCAGCUCACAAAUUAAUGAUUUCCAGCACCUCAACAGCACGGGCCUGCACCAGACGCUGCACCACCCGCAGAGCCCCUGCUCGCCGGCGCCUCUUUCCUCGGACCUCCCCUUCUCCGCCUUCAUCACCCACGACGCGGCGCGCAUCGCCGGGCUCGCCUCGCGUCUCGCCACCAAGGAUAAAGACUGGGUCGCCGCCUCCUCGGUGCCGCUGGCUUCGGGAGCGUCGGUCGGCGUGGGCAACUACAUCACCCGGCUCGGCCUCGGCACGCCGACGACCACCUACGUCAUGGUCGUCGACUCGGGGUCGUCGCUAACGUGGCUCCAGUGCGCGCCCUGCGCCGUGUCGUGCCACCCGCAAGCCGGCCCGCUCUACGACCCGCGGGCGUCGAGCACUUACGCCGCGGUGCCCUGCUCGGCUCCGCAGUGCGCCGAGCUCCAGGCCGCCACGCUCAACCCUUCCUCCUGCUCGGGCUCCGGCGUCUGCCAAUACCAGGCCAGCUACGGCGACGGCUCCUUCUCCUUCGGCUACCUCAGCAAGGACACCGUGUCCUUGAGCUCUUCCGGCAGCUUCCCGGGCUUCUACUACGGCUGCGGCCAAGACAACGUGGGCCUCUUCGGCCGCGCGGCGGGGCUCAUCGGCCUCGCACGGAACAAGCUCUCGCUGCUCUCCCAGCUCGCGCCCAGCGUCGGCAACUCUUUCGCUUACUGUCUGCCGACGUCGGCGGCGGCAUCGGCAGGGUACCUGUCCUUCGGGUCGAACUCGGACAACAAGAACCCGGGGAAAUAUUCGUACACGUCAAUGGUGUCUAGCUCCCUCGACGCAUCUCUCUACUUCGUCAGCCUGGCAGGGAUGUCCGUCGCCGGGAGCCCGCUCGCCGUGCCCUCGUCGGAGUACGGCAGCCUGCCGACGAUCAUCGACUCGGGCACGGUGAUCACGCGUCUGCCCACGCCCGUGUACACGGCGCUGAGCAAAGCCGUGGGCGCGGCCUUGGCGGCGCCCAGCGCGCCGGCGUACUCGAUCCUCCAAACAUGCUUCAAGGGCCAGGUGGCCAAGCUGCCCGUGCCGGCCGUCAACAUGGCUUUCGCAGGCGGCGCCACGCUGAGGCUGACGCCGGGGAACGUUCUGGUUGACGUGAACGAGACCACGACGUGCCUGGCCUUCGCGCCCACCGACAGCACGGCCAUCAUCGGGAACACACAGCAACAGACGUUCAGCGUCGUUUACGAUGUUAAAGGCUCCAGGAUCGGCUUCGCGGCCGGCGGCUGCAGCUGAAGAAUUUCUCGGAUGAACUUAACUUGGGCAGCAAUGCUUCUUUUGCUGCCUAUCCGCCGGAGCAGGGCACGUCAACAAACUUCCUUGCAGAUACAAUCAUGUAAAAGAUGAUAAAGAAGAUGGAAUUGUUGCUCUAGCCUCUAUAUAUAUACACGUGAAAGAGGGUAAAUGAUGGUGAACCGGUGAUACUAUUAUGUUGGUGAAGGUAAUAAAGCAAGAUGUGAAAUAAUAUUUGAACUUGAAGCAUA